CGGCCUCAGCGGCGCCCCCGCCGCUCCCCGGCCCCUGCAGGGCGCGGCCCCGGGCUCGGGGGGCUCUAGCGCCGGACUCCACGUCCCGGCAGCGCGGCCGGGGCCACCUAGGCGGUGCACGGGGCGGGGCAGCGUGGGGGGACUCCGCCUUGGCCUCCGCCUCCUUCUCGCCGUCCCCGGGGUUUCUGACCGAGCCUCUCGAAGAAUGCAUUGUUUUGCUGCAUCCAGGCUGUGACGCUUCAUUUUCUUUGCAAGUUACAUUGAAGUCUUAUGGCAGCAAGGGCACGUAUCCUGAAGCUAUUAAGGAUUUAUUCUUAGGCUUCCAUGAUGGAUGAGACUUCGGACGAACCUCCCACUUCCGCUGUCCUCUUAGACAACUGCCACUUCUCCCAGGUCAUCUUUAACAAUGUGGAGAAGUUUUAUGUUCCUGGAGGAGAUGUAAUCUGUUAUUAUACUCUCACACACAACAUAGUUCCUCGUGGGAAGGACUGGGUGGGCAUCUUCCGGGUGGGAUGGAAAACAACCCGGGAAUAUUACACAUUCAUGUGGGCUCCUCUGCCCGGUGAUGUCCAUGGUGAUACCGCUGUGCAGCAACAGAUCCAGUUCAAAGCUUACUACCUACCGAAGGAUGAUGAAUACUACCAGUUCUGCUACAUCGACCAGGAUGGUGUGGUCCGUGGAGCCAGUGUUCCUUUCCAGUUCAGAGCAGAGACUGAGGAUGAUAUCCUGGUGGUAACCACACAGGGAGAAGUGGAAGAGAUUGAACUACAAAACAAAAAUUUGCUUAAAGAAAAUGAGGAGCUGCAAGCAACCUGCGCAAGUCUCCAGAAACAAAACACGGAACUGCAAGAAGAGCUCAAGAAGACACAGGAGCUGCAGAAUGGUUUAGAGUCUCUUAGGAGCAGCACAGAAAAACUGGAGCUGGAGCUGAAUUCCCUGAAAAAGGAAAAUAAACAUCUAAAAGAGCUGGAUGAGUGCAGAGAGGCAGAACUGCACCAAUUCAAAGAGCAAAUUCAGAAUAUGACCUCUGAAAAGGUAUGCUUGGAAACCAGAUUGAAAACAGCCCUGGAUCACAUGGAUCAGCUGCAGUCUCAAGAGUUGAAUUAUGAGAAAGAAAUGGAAAACCUGGUUCGUAUGGACCAUGACAAGACUGAGCAGCUUGAAAGUUUAAAGGAAGAGAAUCGUCAGUUAUGCAUGACUAUAACUCAACAGAAAGAGCAAAAGAAGGAGCUUGAACAUCGCUUGGAGAACUUGAAAGGGACGGAGGCCAACUUGUCACUUCGUCUGCAGAAUGAGCAGCAACAAAACAGGGACUUAAUGAAAGAACUUGAAGAGCAGAGGCAUUUGUUUCAGAUUUUGCAAGCAAAAAAGAAUGAAUCUGAUGAGGAAAAACAGAAACUGAGGGAAGAGAAUGAUACCCUUCUGAGGCAUCUCUCUCAGGCUAGAGAUGUUUCUUCUUUCUCUGCUGUUUCACAAGCUCAGGCCCCAGUUCCAGCUCCUGAAGCAGGAUGCCUUGUGUUUGGUAAUCCAUAUUAUGCUGCCGAAGCAAACCUGGAGUCAAGAGCUGCCAGAACAGAUUCUAUAAGGAAAUGCCCCAUGUGUGAUGACAUAUUUCCUGAAGAUAUUGAAGCAAGUGACUAUGAGGCCCAUGUGCAGAGCCAUCUUCUGGAGUGCCCACUCUGCAAUGAGACCUUUGAAAAGUCCAAUCAGCAGGUGUUUGAUGACCAUAUUUUUUGUCAUGGCCUGGAAUAAUUCUGAAUUCCUAUCUGUUCUGUAGAAUAGAUGGCAGAGGCCACAGGAUAGAAUAGAGCAAAAGUAUUCUAUAGACUUGAUUCAUCCUAAUAAGAUCAACCUGACAAAACUGCAUAUGCUACUAGUGCUGUGAUUCUGAGCUUUCUGUUCCAUGCAAUAUGUGCAUAAUUGGGUCAAAUAUCCAUAUCCUGAAAUUGAAUUGUCAUCAACUUAAGUCCUCCAUCUUGGAUCAAAUAUAUGUGCUUUUUAAAUGAGUCACAAAUCCUAUCAUUAGUAAAGUAGUUGAAUAUGGUACCAGUUCUUUAUAACAGGAUUGUCUAUGUAGCUGUUCAUCUAGGUAGGGCCAAAUAAUAGAUGUAACAGUUUUCUGUACUUGGCUGAUAUAUCACUAUUAUAACAAUUUUAUUCUUCAGUAUAGCACUGUGAUUGCUAACCAAAGACAAGAAACAUUGCGUAGUCUUUUAGGAUCACACCUUCAGUCCAGCUCAGCUUCUGGAAUGCUGAUUUAAUUGCUAAUAAAUAUAAAAAGUCUUAAUGAAAA